CUCUUGGCGCCAAAAUUCAAUCGCGGCGGGCGGCGCGGCGGUGAGGAUUUUAAUCCAGAUACCUUUCUUCAUACUCUUGGGAGGAAUACUUUGCCUGGUCCCUUAGGAAUACAGAGAGGAUGUAUAUCAAGUCAAUUGUUAUUGAAGGAUUUAAAUCCUAUGCUCAGAGGACGGAAAUUGUUGACUUGGACCCAUAUUUCAAUGCUGUUACUGGUUUGAAUGGCAGUGGCAAGUCCAAUAUCUUGGAUGCAAUCUGCUUCCUGUUGGGAAUCACCAAUCUGUCACAGGUGCGAGCUUCCAACUUUCAAGAACUGGUUUAUAAACAUGGACAAGCUGGAAUUAAGAAAGCAUCUGUGUCUAUUACCUUUGAUAAUACUGACAAGAAAGUAAGUCCACUGGGAUUUGAAGAUAAUGAUGAGCUCAUCAUCAGUAGGCAGAUUAUCAUUGGAGGUAAAAAUAAGUAUCUUAUCAAUGGCAUGAAUUCUACCGCCACUCGCGUGGAUGAUCUUUUCUGUUCUGUUGGACUCAAUGUCAAUAACCCUCACUUCCUCAUUAUGCAGGGACGAAUUACCAAAGUUUUAAAUAUGAAGCCAGUGGAGAUUUUGGCUAUGAUUGAAGAAGCAGCUGGUACUAGAAUGUAUGAAUGCAAGAAACUAAAUGUCCAGAAAACCAUACAGAAGAAGGAGAUCAAACUGAAACAGAUUGAAACGGCCUUAAAUGAGGAGAUCACUCCAGCUUUACAAAAACUGAAAAAGGAAAGAUUAUCCUAUCUAGAAUACCAGAAAGUAGUGCAACAAUUAGAACGUGUAGACCGCACCUAUAUAGCUUAUCAAUUUUUUCUGGCUGAAGAGACAAAGGCAUCUGCUGCUAAUAAGUUAAAGAAAUUUCAGACUAGUGUAAAGAACCUUCAGGAAUCAAUGGCUGAAAAUGAAAAGGUGAUGACAAAACUUAAUGAAGAAGUAGAGGAGAUGGAAAAGAAAAGGCAAAUGAAAGUUGGUGGUAUGCUCCCUUCACUGGAAGAGGCUCUUUCAGAAAGUCAAAGAGCUAAUACUAGAGCACAAAGUACCCUUGAUCUCAUCAAGCAGAACUUAAAAAGUGAAGAGAUUAAGUACAAAAAUAUGUUAGAAGGUAUGCAGGAGGAGUCUAAAUUACUAAUAUCAAAGGAGGAAGAAAUAAAGAAGACAGAGGAAGAACUAAAUGCUUUACAGGAAGCAAGUAGAAAAGAUGCAGCUGCUUUAGCUGUGGCACAACACCAUUUUAAUGCUGUGUCUGCUGGCUUGUCGAGCAGUGAUGAUGGGGAAGAAGCUACUCUUGCUCACCAAAUGAUGACCUGCAAAAAUGAAAUCAGCAAAGCAGAAACAGAGGCUAAACAGGCUCAAAUGAAGUUGACAUAUGCACAAAAGGAAUUAAAGACAAAAGAAGUUGAACUUAAAAAGAAGGAUGGAGGCUUUGAGAGAGACCAAAUAGCACUUAGAGCUGUCAGAGAAACAAAAGCAAAUCUAGAGAACAAAAUGCAGAAGCUGAACUACGAAGAAGAGAAAGAAAAAGACGUUUUAGCAAAACAAGUGGCAUUGGCUCGUGACAUCAGCCAGCUGAGAGAACUGCAUGAAGACUUAAUGGCAAGGUUUCCUCACCUACGGUUUGAAUACAGAUGUGUUGGGAAAACAUGGAAUCCACACUCCGUGAAAGGCCUUGUUGUGUCUCUUGUCACUGUGAAGGAUCUAUCCAAAGCAAAAGCCCUAGAAGUGACAGCUGGAGGGAAACUCUAUAACAUUAUUGUGGACACAGAGGUUACUGCCAAAAAGCUUUUAGAAGAGGGUGAACUAAAGCGUCGAUACACCAUCAUUCCACUAAACAAAAUUUCAGCCAGGUGUGUUGGACUAAAAACAAUCGAGUUGGCCCAAACCUUGGUUGGUCCUGAUAACGUGUAUUUAGGCCUUUCUCUGAUUGAAUAUGAAUCUGAACUGCAGAAAGCAAUGGAGUAUGUCUUUGGGACAACACUGAUCUGUGAUAACCUGGAUAAUGCUAAGAAAGUGGCCUUUGACAAAAGGAUAAUGAUGAGAAGUGUUACAUUUGAUGGAGAUGUGUUUGAUCCUCAAGGCACUCUUCAUGGAGGUGCAUCCUCACAUAUUCUACCAAUAUUGUGUAAAGUUCAAGAAAUGAAAAAUAUUGACAUAGAACUCAAAACAAAGGAAUCUGAACUUGAAACUGUAGAGAAUGACCUGGCAAGCUUGAGGAAUAUUGCUGAAAAGUAUUGGCAACUGAAACAGGAGUGGGAUAUUAAAUCUGAGGAAGCAGAGCUGUUGCAAAUGAAGCUUCAUCAAAGUGCUUAUCACAAACAAGAGGAAGAGCUGCUUGCCCUGAAGAAAACCAUUGCGGAGUGUGAAGAGACAUUACAGAAAACUAAAGACACCCAAAAGAAAUCAGAAGAGAAAUACGAAGUAUUAGAGAAUAAAAUGAAAAAUGCAGAAGCAGAACGUGAAAAAGAACUAAAAAGUGCCCAGCAAAAACUAGAUGAUGCCAGGAAAAAAGCAGAUGCUUCAAACAAAAAAAUGAAAAAAAAGCAGCAGGAAGUUGAAGCUUUAGUUCUGGAACUUCAAGAGCUAAAAGUAGAACAAGCCUCUCGUGAACAACUAAUGGAGGCUACACAGAAAGCAAUCCAAUUAUACCAGAGUGAAGUUAAUGCAAUGCAAGCUGAGGUGUUGAAGACAAAGGAAUCUGUAGAGAAAUCGCAGAAGGAACUGGCCAAGCAAAAGGAAGUAAUUUUGUCACACGAUAAAGCAGUUAAAGCCAGAGCUGAAGAGAUAGUAAAAUACAAAGAAAAAAAUAAUGAAUUACAUCUUAAGCUUAAAGAAUUAGAACACAACAUUAGCAAAUAUCAACAAGAGACUGCUGAUGUUACUACCAAGGUGACCAAAAUGCUGCAAGAGUAUAAGUGGAUAGCUUCAGAGAAAUCACUUUUUGGUCAGCCAAACACACCCUAUGACUUCAAAACUAACAGUCCUCAAGAAUUAUAUCAGAAACUGCAGACACUGCAGGAACAAAAACGGGUGUUGGAAAGGACUGUAAACAUCAAAGCUAUGAAUAUGUUUUCUGAUACAGAGGAGAAGUACAAUGAGUUAAUGAAGAAAAAAAGAAUUGUAGAGAAUGACAAGUUAAAAAUUCUUGCAGCUAUUGAAGACCUUGACCAGAGGAAAAUUAAAGCUUUACAUAUGGCUUGGGAAAAGGUGAAUAAAGACUUUGGUUCGAUUUUUUCAACACUUGUACCAGGAGCCAAAGCUCUACUAGCACCCUCUAAAAAAGAUGAUAUCUUGGAUGGUCUGGAGUUCAGGGUUGCCUUAGGAAACACCUGGAAGGAAAACUUGACAGAACUUAGUGGAGGACAAAGAUCAUUGGUGGCCUUGUCCUUGAUCUUAGCCAUACUCCUCUUCAAACCUGCCCCAAUUUAUAUCUUGGAUGAAGUGGAUGCGGCCCUUGAUCUCUCUCAUACUGAGAAUAUUGGGCGGAUGCUUAAUACUCAUUUCAAACAGUCCCAGUUUAUUGUGGUGUCCUUGAAGGAUGGGAUGUUUACCAAUGCAAACGUCCUCUACAGAACUAUGUUUGUGGAUGGUAUAUCCACUGUUAGAAGAUACAAACAGCUUCAAGGCAGAAAAAAUUGUCUCAAGGAAGCUGAGGAAGCCCAGAAAUCACGUAAGUGACAAAAGAGGACCUGCAUAACCAGGAAAAUUCUCCGCUGGCUCUUCAGUAGCAGCUCUUUUAAGUAUCCUCUUCCCAGUCUGUAGCUAGGCCAGGAAGA